UCUCUUCCCAUUGGCUGAGAAGGGUCAUGAGGACGAACUGUGCAGUCACCUGGCAGGAACCGGAACCCGCGGUUAUAAAGUAAAGGAACCCGAGAUCUGCGCAGGGGUUCUCUUUGCCGAUUUCUCUCACCUCACCUUUCAAACCUAAACUCGAGCCUGCUGCUCACCGGCCUAGCAUUGCUCUCGCCAUGGCUCUCAGCGAUGCUGACGUGCAAAAGCAGAUAAAGCAUAUGAUGGCUUUCAUUGAACAAGAAGCCAAUGAGAAAGCAGAAGAAAUAGAUGCAAAGGCAGAAGAAGAGUUCAACAUAGAGAAAGGUCGGCUUGUGCAAACCCAAAGACUAAAGAUUAUGGAAUAUUAUGAGAAGAAAGAGAAACAGAUUGAGCAGCAGAAGAAAAUUCAGAUGUCCAAUUUGAUGAAUCAAGCGAGACUCAAAGUCCUCAGAGCAAGAGAUGACCUUAUCACAGACCUACUAAAUGAAGCAAAACAGAGACUCAGCAAGGUGGUAAAAGAUACAACCAGGUACCAAGUGCUGCUGGAUGGACUGGUUCUCCAGGGUUUGUACCAGUUGCUGGAGCCCCGAAUGAUUGUUCGUUGCAGGAAACAAGAUUUCCCUCUGGUAAAGGCUGCAGUGCAGAAGGCAAUUCCUAUGUACAAAAUUGCCACCAAAAACGAUGUUGAUGUCCAAAUUGACCAGGAGUCCUACCUGCCUGAAGACAUAGCUGGUGGAGUUGAGAUCUAUAAUGGAGAUCGUAAAAUAAAGGUUUCCAACACCCUGGAAAGCCGGCUGGAUCUCAUAGCCCAGCAGAUGAUGCCAGAAGUCCGGGGAGCCUUGUUUGGUGCAAAUGCCAACAGGAAGUUUUUGGACUAAGCCUUCAGGAGGUGGAGCUCGUCCUCAGCUCUCCUGCUGUGAUGUGGAAGCUUCUGAUAUUUGAAGAAACACGAAUGUCUCUGUAGCUUCCUCUUCACUGCCCCAGUAUUGCUCUGUAUUUAUCAGCGAUGCCCCUCUGUCACUCAUGCCUUGCCUAAUUGUUCACAAUGGUGGAAAGCUUCAUGUAAUAUGAUCAGGACCCAUCUCCAGUUCUUCUGAAAGUGUGACAGUGUCCAGCCGGUUCUGCAGCACUAGGGGAGGGGGCAGAUGGUGGUUGCAUGGGCUUCCUGGGUCUCCACUCUCCGUCUGGCCUAAAGGUGAUGUAUUUGGUGUUUGGCCCUGCAGUCCCCACUCUUGAGGCUUAAGGCGCAUGUGGCACACCACUCCUUCCAGCAGUAGUCGCUUUACUGUUACCUGUUUAGGCCUAGAAGUUUUCCCUCAUCUGUAAAUGUGAUUUAAAAUCUAAGCCAUGAAUAUGCUUUAUUUAUUAAAAGAGUUAUGCGGA